AUGGAUUUUUUAAAAAAGUUAAACCAGGAUUUAAUUAAGAAAUCAAAUGAACUUGGGGAAGAAAUUAAUAAACAAGUAAACUCAACAGUGUUAAAGAUUAGAACACAAGUUUCAGAGAACAAUACAACAAUUCGUUUUAAAGAUGGUGAAUUUGAUUUAGAUUUAUCUUAUAUUACAGAACGUAUAAUUGCCAUGUCAUUUCCAAGUGAAGAUACAGUGAUCAACUCAACAUGGUAUAGAAAUUCAAGAGUGGACGUAAAGAAAAUGUUGGAUAAAUAUCAUCGUGACCAUUAUUUAAUCAUUAAUUUAACCGAGAAAUCAUAUGAUAGUUCAUUCUUUGGUGGACGUGUUCAUCACAUUGGUUGUGUUGAUAAUCAUUCACCAUCACUUGGACUACUCUUGUAUGCAGUUCAAGUCAUUCAUAAAUGGUUAAGUGAGGAUCCAAAGAAUGUGGUUGCAAUUCAUUGUUUGGCAGGGUUGGGCAGAAGCGGUACUUUGAUUGUCGCCUAUUUGCUCACCUCUCUCUAUGAGGGAAGAAAAGAGGAGGCAUUGCAAUUAUUCGCAUCGCAAAGAACCACCUCAAAGGUUGGUGUCAAGGUGCCUUCACAACUUCGUUACAUCGACUAUGUUCACCAAUUGGUCACAAGCCAAAGACCAGUGGAUGUCGUUCAAAAUCCAAUGAAAUUGAGAUUGAAUGCAAUCAUGAUCAAACCAAGUCCAGUCGUUUCUGGUAAAUCUGGUCAAGUUUGGAAACCAACCAUUGAGAUCUUCAACGUUAUGAAGCCAUUGGAACCACAUCUUUUAUUCUCAACUAAAGAUUUGGACGGUCCAUUCAAUAAGAAUCAAAACGAUGCCUUUUGCAAGGUUCAAGGUGAUGUAGUCAUCAUUGAAACUCAAUCACUUGUGCUUCAAGGUGAUGUACUCGUCAAGAUCUAUCAUGGUUUCUCUGAUAUUCUCUCAAAGGAAGUAUUAAAUGUUAUCAUGGAUAAACCAUCAUUAAGAUUAGCUUUUCAUACUUCUUUCAUCGAUAAUCAUUGUUUAGAUUUAAAUAGAUCCACUUUAGAUGAAAAAGAUAAUUGUAUUCAAUCUGAUAAAUUCUCUCAAGAUUUCUCUUUAAGAUUAUUAUUUUCACCAUAUCAAGAACAACAACAACAACCACAACCACUACAACCACUACAACCACAACAAUAUCAACCUGCCAAUUAUCAAUUACCACAACAAUUCCAACAACCACAACAACAACAACAACCACAACAUUUCCAACAAUCACAACCACAACAACAACAACAACAACAACAACAACAACAACAACAACAACAACAACAACAACAACAACAACAACAACAACAACAACAACAACAACAACAACAACAACCACAAUACCAACCACCACAACAAUCACAACCACAACAUUUCCAACAACAACCACCACCACAAUACCAACCACCACAACAAUACCAACCACCACAACAAUACCAACAACCACAACCAUACCAACCACAACCACAACAAUAUCAACAACAACAACCACCACAACAACAAUCACCAAAUUUACAAAAACAAAACAAUCAAUAUAAUAUGUAA